AUCCCCGGUACUACGCGUGUACGGACUAUUGUCGUUCAUAAAGACCAGGCUGGCAUCUUCAUCUUAGGAUACCUAAGGAUGUGUGGAUUUUUCAAAGGAGACAGUUCCGAGCAUCAAAAGCGAAAAAGAGAUAAAAAGAAAGAGUCUUGCAUGCUUUCUGCUAGAUCUCUCAGCAUUGCUUGGGGUGAUGAUAAGCGCUAUUGGAACUGGAUUAAUAUGCCUGACUCCAGGUUCCCUGAAGUUGCUCAACUUCUUAAAGUGUGGUGGCUUGAUAUUAGUGGGACGAUAAACACCCUUAGCUUGUCCCCAAAUACCCAGUAUGCGGCUUAUCUUGUGUUCAAGAUGAUUGAAGCCGAAGGAUUUCAGAACUGUCCUAUAGAGUUAUCAGUUGGUGUCGAAGGUGGCCAGAGUGGUACUAAAAUUGUCUGUUUGGAUCCAAAUGUGGAAGGUGGGCAGCAUAACAGAGCAGUAGGAUUGCAACGUCCUAGUGUGAGAAGCGAUGGGUGGUUGGAGAUUGAGAUGGGGGAGUUCAAUUCAGGCCUAGAAGAUGGAGACGUCCUGAUGAAUGUUAAGGAGACAAAUAAUUGGAAGAGUGGUCUCUUUGUUGAAGGAAUAGAAGUUAGGCCUAAGUAAGACCAUUAAGCAACAUUCCAUGAACUAUGCAAGGGGUCUUGCGUUUGGUGGCAGAACAUGUUUGAGAAUUUUCAACCUACUAUCUUACACAUAUUUUUGUUCCAAACUGUUUCUUCGUAAUAUAUAUAUCUAAUAGGUUUUAUUACUUGUCAACAUAUUGUGAUGCAAUACGAAUUUGCUGCCAUUUAUUGAUUUGGAACCCUCAACUCUGAACGUUGGAGACUGAAUUUUAUUCGAGUGAUUUAAAUUCUGGUA